ACGAUUCGUUCACGAACUGGACAUCACGCAUACAGGAAUCGGCCUUGAUCCUCUCGCUGGAUAACAAACGUCACAGGUGCACUCUGUCUAAACUGGAGUUGCUGCCAUGAGUGACACUCUGGAAUUCAAUGAAAUUUAUCAGGAGGUCAAGGGCACCUGGAAUGAUGGGCGUCUGCGCUUCAGUAAGCAGACAGUGGUGUAUAAAAACAAUAAGACUGGAAAGGUGGACACCAUUCCCAUUCCUGAGCUCACUCAAGCCCAGUGGAGGAGAGUCUGUCUGGGUCACGGCAUCAAACUGUCCACCAGCACUGGUCACAUCUACAAAUAUGACGGCUUCAAAGACACUUCUCUUUAUGUACAGGACUUGGAGAAGAUCUCAGAGUACUUUAAAGCCAACUACAAAGUGGAGUUGGCAGAGAAAGAUAUGUGUGUGAAGGGCUGGAAUUGGGGCACUGCUAAAUUCGGUGGGCCGUUGCUCUCGUUUGAGGUGAGUGACAGUCCUGCAUUUGAGAUUCCACUCUCCAGUGUAUCUCAGUGUGCAACGGGAAAGAAUGAGGUCACACUGGAGUUUCAUCAGAACGAUGACACAGAGGUCUCCCUCAUGGAGGUGCGCUUCUAUGUACCGCCCACCCCAGGAGACGAGGGUUCAGACCCUGUGGAGGCAUUUGCCCAGAACGUUCUGUCUAAGGCAGAUGUGAUCCAGGCUACAGGAGAUGCUGUGUGUAUCUUCAGAGAGCUGCAGUGCCUCACACCCAGGGGCAGGUACGAUAUACGUAUUUAUCCCACAUUCCUCCAUCUGCACGGUAAGACGUUUGACUACAAGAUCCCUUACACCACCGUGCUCCGCCUCUUCCUGUUACCUCAUAAAGACCAGCGGCAGAUGUUCUUUGUGAUCAGUCUGGACCCUCCCAUUAAACAGGGUCAAACUCGCUAUCAUUUCCUCAUCCUUUUGUUCUCCAAGGAAGAGGACAUCAGCCUCACUCUCAACAUGAAUGAGGAGGAGGUGGAGAGACGUUUUGAGGGGAAACUUAAUAAAAACAUGUCUGGCUCUCUCUAUGAGAUGGUCAGCAGAGUCAUGAAGGCCCUGGUCAACAGGAAGAUCACAGUGCCUGGAAAUUUCCAAGGUCAUUCAGGUGCUCAGUGUAUAACGUGUUCAUAUAAGGCCAGUUCAGGUCUGCUGUAUCCUCUGGAGAGAGGAUUCAUCUAUGUGCAUAAGCCUCCGGUGCAUUUGCGCUUUGAGGAGAUCGCGUUUGUGAACUUUGCCCGUGGCACCACCACCACCCGCUCCUUCGAUUUCGAGAUCGAGACCAAGCAGGGCAAUCAGUACACCUUCAGCAGCAUCGAGAGGGAGGAAUAUGGGAAACUCUUUGACUUUGUCAAUGCUAAGAAGCUCAGCAUCAAGAACAGAGGCUUCAAAGAGGGUAUGAAAGGUAAUGAUGACAUGUACAGUGACUCAGAUGAUGACAAGCAUGACGCGUACCUGGAACGUAUGAAGCAGGAGGGCAAGAUCCGCGAGGAGGCCAAUGACAGUGAUGACUCAGAGGGCGAGAGUGAUGAAUCCUUUAAUCCCGGAGAAGAGGAUGAUGAAAUUGCAGAAGAGUAUGACAGUAAGGCCUCUGCCAGUGAAAGCAGCGCUGAUGAUGGGGACAGUGAUGGGGACCAGAAGAAGAAACCAGCCAAGAAAGCCAAAUUAGUAAAAGAAAGAAAACCUCGUAAGAAAGAGAAAAAGGCAAAGGACAGCAAUGCCCCCAAGAGGCCAAUGAGUGCCUAUAUGCUGUGGCUAAACUCGAGCCGAGACCGCAUUAAAUCAGAGAACCCUGGCAUCUCCGUUACAGAAAUCUCCAAAAAGGCUGGAGAAAUGUGGAGACAACUUAGCAAAGAGAAGAAAGAGGAGUGGGAUGGAAAAGCAGAGGAAGCAAAGAAAGAUUAUGAGCGAGCGAUGAGAGAGUAUAAAGAGAGUGGUGGAGGCUCCUCAGGCACCUCAAAAAAGGAGAGGAAUAAGAAAAGAGGGAAGAAUGAAGAAAAGAGCAAGAGGAAGUCAGGAGGUGGAAGGGAGAAAGAGAAGGAGCGAGCAACAGGCAAUGACAGCUUUAAGAGUCGAGAGUUCAUAUCCAGCGAGGAGAGCUCAUCAGAGUCCGAGAAGGGCAAGGGACGUAAACGCAAGGGGUCUGAUGAUGAAGAGGAAGUGGCCAGCACACCGCCGAGCUCUGAGGAGUCUGGCUCAGACUGAAAGACAAUAAUAACACAUAAACAGUGGAAGACAACCCUGACAUCUUUUUCAGAUGUAAGGGUGUACCUGAUAGUAUGUAUUUUAGCAUAACAUGUCUAAAUUUCACAACUUUUGUUUUUCAAGACGUUCAAAUACACUUGUGUACAUACCUUUGGUAGUGUUGAGUAGUGUGUAUUCAAUGUAUAUUGUCCUGUCCUUCUAUGAUUAUCUGUUUGUACAGAGAGCUUUGUGGAACUGUGUUGCUUUCCAAAUGUAAAGAAACCUUAUCUUUGACCCAUACAGUCUAUUGAGAUUACUUAAGAUUAUUGUUAAUGAAACAAAAACGUCAAUUACAUUUGGUACAAAAUAUAUAUUUUUUUAUUUGUUUUCUUCUUCAACUAUUUUUGGUUGUCUUGAUCUGAUCUCAUUAACUUUUGUUUUAUACAAUAUAAUAUGUUGUUUAGCACAUACAUCAUAUCAGUUUGUUGUUGCAUUAAAUAUUACUGUAAAAUAAAUGUUAAAGACUGUUUUAUGUUGAUAAGAAAUUAACCACUGUUAAUACUUCAGCUACUAACUAGAUAGGUAAGUUUGUCAAGGCAAACUUUGAUGUUGGCUUGACAAAGCCUGGCCUGAAGGUUUACAAAAGUUUUAAAAGCUUGAGGUUUGAAGAUUUAACAUACCUUACAGUUAGAUGGAUGGAUAGAUAGAUAGAUAGAUAGAUAGAUAGAUAAAAAAAAUAACUACAUUGCUUUAUUGGAUAUCAGUGCCAUAUUCAUUCUGGUGCUUCUACUAAAACUCUUGCACACAUUCAGGCCAUGUCUAUAAGUUUUUGGUUAAAAACACUUUGAUUUUCCUAUGUUUAACCCUCUCACAGUGGAACGCUGUUUUCCUCAAUGACCUUAGGAAACAGAGUUUUUAACCGAAAAACAUGUAUGUGUUCUUUUUAAAUCUAAACAUAAUCUCCAAAGUAAACAUUCAUGCAAUGUGUUUAACCUGUCUCCGAAUAAAUAUUUAUAAUACAUGAUCUAUAACACAGACCCAACAGCUCUAGAUCUCACCAUAGAUAAAAUUACAUAACCAACAACACACUCUGAACAAUGGAAUUUUAAUAUGAUUUCACAACCUGUUCUCUAGUUCACGUGUAUCCACACACAUCUGUAUUCUACAGUGUCAGUAAGUGGAAAUGCAAUGUGGUUUUUAAGAUAAAGAGCUUGUGGUAGUAACAAAAGCAGAGUAGUUUAAGAGUGGUCAAACUUCCCCUUUCUCAACAAACCCAACAACAGACAAACAGUCUAAUAGCUGUCAGCUAAUGGGGUUAUAGUGUUGUGCAAAAUGUAACAUCCAUUCAGUUUUAACAGUAAAACUGAAUAAUUAUUAUUUUAGCAGCAACCAUGUUGGAAAGGACAUCAUGAUGUUCACAUUUAUGUUUAUGUGGUGUUAUGGUGGGGAGAGAAAGCAACAGAUAUGAAGAUGACAGAGAUUAAGAGACAUUAUGAAUGUCAGGCAGUGUAGUAAAAAUGGACUUAAAUAUUGAUCUGUUUCUCACCCACACCUAUCAUAUCGCUUCUGUAGACAUGGAUUAAACCAGUGGAGUCGUGUGGAUUACUUUAAUGCUGCAUUUAUGUGCUUUUUGGACCUUCAAAGUUCUGGCCACUAUUCAAAUUUAUGGACCUACAGAGCUGAAAUAUUCUUCUAAAAUUCUUUGUUUGUGUUCUGCAGAAGAAAGAAAGUCAUAUACAUCUGGAAUGUCAUGAGGUUGAGUAAAUGAGAGAAUUUUCAUUUUUGUUUGAACUAUCACUUUAAGACACAAUUACAAGACAAAAAUAUGAUAUGAGAGGGAUGAAAUAUGUUUAACUCUCAUCUAAUCCAUAAUACAAUAUGAACAACAUUUUUAAGGAAUACUUUUUUUGUGGCUCCUGUUUGUGUUUGAAGAAACUGUAAAAACCAAAAC